GUGGCAAACUGCCAGUAUUAAACAUUAAGCUGGUCGAAAGCUUGCACGACGACCUGUUAACGAUUCUCUCCCCUGUUGGUCAUGCUCAAAAUUCCCCCUGAUUAAGCGAAGUGAGGCGGGCACCUGUGGACCACGUACAGCUGUUUUGACAUCUGGAAUCAUCAGAUGUGAAGGCAGUGACGCCAGACUAAUCUGAUUAUCUCUCGGGUGAGAAUGAGCGAGAAGGCCGCUGGAGUGCAGAUCAUCAGUGAAGUGCUCGCAAGGCUGAAUAAAGAGGAUGAGGAGGAGAAGCUGACAGAUGAUGAGGAGUCCAGAGUGUGUGGUGUCUGUGGAGAUCUGGCUAAUGGUUACCACUUCAAUGCCUUGACCUGUGAAGGCUGCAAGGGCUUCUUCAGACGUAACAUAAAGAGGUCAAACCAGCUCCGUUGUCCAUUCCUGAAUAAAUGUGUUAUAACGAAAAACAGCCGCCGGUCUUGUCAAGCCUGCCGCAUGCGCAAAUGUCAGGCCAUUGGCAUGUGCAAAGACAUGGUCAUGUCUGAUGAAAAGGUGCAGGAGAGGAGGGUCCAAAUCAAGAAGAAUAAGAUGCUUAACUCCCCAGUGGAGCUUUCAUUCCAACAAGAAAAACGUAUUCAGGAACUGCUCUUUGGUCACCGCAGCACAUUCGACUCAGCAUUUUCCCGCUUCAGCAGCUUCAGGCCUAUGGACCGAAACAUCCUUCCUGUGAAUACGCACAAGCAGACGGCAAGCAAGCACUUUAACCCUCUGACCGAGUGCCCUAGAAACGGCUGCAGCACUGCGAGUAAAUCUACCACCGAGCCCACAUCAUCGCCAUCUGCCACCUCAUGCUCUUCAUCCUCCUCCUGUUUCCACAGUUCCAUUAAAAAACAAGAACACCACAUACGGAAUGACGUCGAAAACAGAUGUGUUUUCACUGCUCUUCCGCAUGUGGCCGACCUCACGACUUACAUGAUCCAGAACGUCAUUAGCUUUUCCAAAAGUCUCCAAGACUUCCGGUCUCUUACCAUGGGAGACCAAAUAUCUCUGCUGAAGGGAGCCACGUUUGAAAUAAUGCAGAUCCGCUUCAACAUGGUGUUCAACUCAAAAACGAGCACAUGGGAAUGUGGCCAUAUUACAUACUGCAUAGAUGACGCUGUACGAGCGGGAUUUCAGCCAUGUCUGCUGGAGCCUCUGUUCAGAUUUCACCACACCCUGCGCACACUGGGCCUACAGGAGGAAGAAUACGUUCUCAUGCAAGCCAUGUCUCUGUUUUCUCCAGACCGUCCAGGCGUGCAGCAGCACAGCUUGAUUGACAAAGUUCAUGAAAACUUGGCGCUGACGCUAAAAACCUGGAUUGACUGCAGGAGAACAGGUCCAGAGAAACACCUGCUGUAUCCCAAAGUGAUAGCCUGCUUUACAGAGAUGAGAACAAUGACUGAGGAAUACAGCAAACAGAUUCUACAGAUCCAGGACAUCCAGCCUGACACCAUCAGUCCUCUCAUAAUGGAGAUGGUCAGUAAAGGCUCCUGUAAUGACUUAUGAAGAGUGUGCUGUACAUGAGCAGCACAAGCACUGUUAAUGGGGACGCUUAAAUGAAAGUAUCCUAUUGUUAUUUUACAUGUGUCGAAAGAGUGAAGACUGGA